AAUGUAAAGCAGUUAUGUUGGUGUCCGAUGAGUCUCUUAUCGCUCAUCGUACACGUUCAAAGUUUAGAAACAAAAAUGAAUCUGUGGUUGUUGAUAAGUUUAUGGCUGCUGAAACCACAUCUGUUAGCCGUAAACGUUCUACAUUGAAAAGGUCGAAAACAAUUUCAAUCAUUGAGUUCACCAAAGUCGCCGAGAACAGAAUGCGUUUACCGUCUGCUAUUUCCGAUGAGUUGUCUCUUUCUUUUCACAACCUCCGUGAUGUUUCAAUCCAAAACAUUAGAUGUGAGGUAACAAACAUGAAGAUGAUAGCGGAAAAGAAUGGAGAUGGUUACAGAGAUGUUGAGGUUGAUUUAACUCUUUGGGAUGAUUAUGCGAAGGACAUGUGUUCGUACAUGCUUAGUCAAGAUCUUGAAGCCCAUGUUGUCAAAUCUGUUCAUUUUGGUGCUGUUAAAACCUAA